UAAACAGUUUAGUUCCGUCAGUCGCGACCGAGAUCUCAGUAGUGCCAAAAGAAAUCAAGAUGAAAUACUUUGCCGUUUUCGCACUGCUCUGCUGCCUCUUGGGAACCGCCUUGGCGGCGCUCAAAAAUCCAAUCUGUGGCGAGGAGUUCGGUAAAAUCGGAGACUGCAGAGCACUGCAGGGCAAAUGGACUUAUCGCCGGGACACCAACGAGUGCAUCAGCUUCAACUACUCAGGCUGCCAUGGAAACAACAACCUCUUCGAGAGCAAGGCGCAGUGCGAGCAGACCUGCAAAAACUAAAAACCCACCUGUAAAUAAAGUUCAAACCACGUUUUUGUUAUCCUAAUGCGA